UGUUACCUGAGCGGCUCGCUGUGAUCACGCAUUGUUUCAGGAAGUGCUGGCUGCAGUGUUGAGGGAAUCUUGCUUGGUUUCAACACGGGUUUAGUUCAUGCUUCAUGGUUUGAAAUUUAGCAUUAUUAAGGCUGCCAGACAUGGAGACCUGGGGCCUUGUGUCACUGUGUGUUCUGCUCGUACUAACGGGGAAAUGGGCCGUGUCUCUGAACUCUUACUCAGGUGCUGGCAAACCACCGAUGUUUGGGGAUUAUGAAGCGCAGAGGCACUGGCAGGAAGUGACGUACAAUCUUCCAGUUCAUGAAUGGUACUUCAACACGACAAACAAUGACCUGAACUACUGGGGCCUGGAUUAUCCUCCACUAACAGCGUACCACAGUCUCUUAUGUGCCCAUGUCGCAAAUCUGAUUAAUCCUGCAUGGGUGGAGUUGCAAACCUCCAGAGGUUAUGAGAGCACCUCUCAUAAAUUAUUCAUGAGGGCUACAGUUCUCCUUUCAGAUAUAUUAAUAUACAUUCCAGCAGUCCUUCUGUACUGCUUCUACCUCAGUGAUGGAUCCUAUAAAAAGAAGACUGCCAUGGCUUUGUGCAUCUUGCUUUAUCCAGGACUCAUCCUAAUCGACAAUGGCCAUUUUCAAUAUAACAGUGUGAGUCUGGGCUUGACAUUGCUGGGAGUAGUGGGACUUGGUUUGGGUCGAGACCUGCUUGGAUCUGUGGCCUUCACUUUGUCUCUCAACUACAAACAGAUGGAGCUGUACCAUUCAUUGCCUUUCUUUUGCUACCUCCUAGGCAGGUGUAUUAAACAGGGAAUUCUGGGCAAAGGUCUGCUUCUGUUGGUGAAGAUCUCAUUGACUGUGCUGGUGACUUUUGCUCUCUGCUGGUUACCUUUCCUGUCAGACCCUCAGCAGAUCUUGCAGGUUCUGCAUCGCUUGUUCCCAGUUGACCGCGGUUUAUUCGAGGAUAAAGUGGCCAACACAUGGUGCAGCUUGAACGUGCUGAUAAAGAUCAAGACCCUGCUGUCCAGAGAUACUCAGCUGCUCCUCAGUUUUGCAUUGACUCUCCUGUUCAUCUUGCCUUCGUCAAUUAAAUUGUUGACCAAACCCACCCUAUGGCAAUUUAAAUUGGCUUUGGUGAACUCCUCACUGGCCUUUUUCCUUUUCUCCUUUCAAGUCCAUGAGAAGUCCAUCCUGCUUCCAGCCUUGCCAGUGUGCCUUCUGAUGAAUGAACUUCCACUAAUGGCCACAUGGUUCCUGGUGGCUUCCACCUUCAGCAUGCUGCCUCUUCUGCUGAAGGAUGGUUUGCUUCUGCCUUACACAGUGACCUCACUGGCCUUCCUCUACUUCAGUGUGUAUUUUCUCUCAGCCUUAGACAGAAGCUCAGAGGAGGAGCUCAGAUUGAGCCCAAUCACCCAGCGCUGCCUGUCCAAACACAUCCUCAGCCCGCUAAUCAAGUGCACAUUUGGAGCCUCUGUGGUGAUCAUGGCUGGUCUGAGCUUCAUGAGUGUGGCAGUGGAUCCUCCAGCUAAACUGCCCGAUUUGUUCCCAGUUCUAGUUUCCAUUUUCUCCUUUUUCCAGUUUCUGGUUCUGCUGCUGUAUUUCAAUCUAGUCCAACUGACCGAUCUGAGCGUCAAAAAGGGCCCAAAGAAGACAAACUGAAACAGAGGGAUAAUUCUGGAGAAUGAUGACAAAGGAAAAUGAAAAUUCCUUGCAUUAGGAUGGAUUGGAUCUAAUUUAGGAAAUUGAAUUUCCUUUAAAAAAAAAUAGCUGGAGAAAAUCCCCUUCGUUUAAAUUAGUGACUUGAUAGGAAGGAAGGGAAAAGUCACCAAAUUAUAAAGGAAUGAUUCCAAAAGCAUACAAAACUCCAUCACAUAUUAUGAAAUAAAAAAAGACUUUUAGCCUUGAAUAGAACUCACAAGGACCAUUUGUUACCUUCAUUUAUAACCAAAUAUUUUUCUACACAUGAAUAAAUGCUUUUAUACUAAA